GGGAUAAAAGCUAAGUAGCUAACUGCAUCACCUUAGCGAGCACAAGCUAACGGCUACAGAGGACUUUUAUAUUGACGUUUGCAGGGAAAACCGCCUGUUAUUACUGGGCAAAAGACUUCAGUCCUUCGUAGUGUCUCUGUGCUUCUCUCUGUUUUAGUGGAAACGCGCUGCAGGUCCUGUCCGUUAACUGGCUAACUCAGAGUCCUCUCAGGGGAGUUAACGUUCAACAUUAUCGAGGAAGAAGGGCAGAAACUGGAGUCAGUGAGGCAGAAAUCACAGACUCGGCGCCUCUAGAGGACGGGAAUGUGAUAUAUGUGGUCUUUUGUGGGAGACUGUGUGUAAUUCAGCGCUUAGCGUGUCAUUCCGACUUAAAAGGCAGCUCGGUUAACUCUGUUAAAAGGCCGUGAUGUCCGGCGGCCAAACCUCGCCCAGCAGCAGCGGCUCUGCUCUGGUGGCGGAGCUCUCGCUGUCGUUUCGGGAGGAGCUGACGGCGAGCAUUCAGAGCGCGCUCGGCGUGGCCGUGGAAAUCGCGGUGGUUGAGGUGACCAAACUGGUCGGCCACGCGCUGAGGGACGUGCGCGACCAGAUGCACGAGACCCUCCGGGACAAUAAGGUGCUCGAGUCCCGUCUGCGCGCUGCCGAGACCGAGCUGCGCGCCGUGCGCGAGCGCCUGGCGGAGGCGCAGCGUCAGCAGCGUCAAGCCCAGGUGAUGAUUGCCGUCGAUACGAGUCUCUCCGCCGGUAGUCGGCUUCAGCCGGCGGUUCACGAGCAGGCGAGUGCGCCUACCGACGUGGAUCUGAGUCCCGAGCGGAUUGCCGAGUGCUUGGCGGACGUUGAACGAAAAUUUGAAGUUGGUGCGUCCCGUGAAGCGAACGGAUAUGAGGGGAGCUCUUUCUGCGAGAUCCGAGAAGAUGGAAGCGUGUGCACACAGGAUCUGAAGCCAGAUUUGUUGGCCAAGGAGGAGUCCAGCGCACAUCUGGAGUCCAGUGCACACCAGGAGGCUAAAAGUGAGCUGGCAGGCGGAAAAGAUGACCAUCACAGCAUACAAGACAACUCGCAUUUUGAUCAGACAUGUGUCAGACUAGCCAAUGAACCUGCAACAUCAGCUCUGAUGGAGGAGUCUGCGAUGCUUGACGCUGGCACUGCUGUGUCUGAGGUCGCAGUGAAGGUGGAGAAGACUGAGCAGUGCAAUGGCCCUGACUCUGAGCAAGAGAGCUUUGGUUCUGACUGCCUCUCACUGGCCCAGUCGAGAUUGCUUGACGACUGGAGGCCUGAACAACUGCAGCUUCAGUCGAACUCAUACACUUCCUCUGCCAGCAACACUCUGGCUGAUCCCUCCAUCUUCCCAGGAGAGAUCCCAGAUCUAGACUUCCUCACUUCCGCUGCCCCCAGCCAGUCAGACCCGUUCCCCGCCCCACCACAUUCACACAGAGAUGCCGCUUCCCUCUCCAGUCACGCUCCUCAUCAGCUCUACCCUGCCCACGGCUCAGCCCCCUCGCAUGUCUGUAAGGUCUGCGGCCAGUCUUUCAGUCGUCAGGAGGAUCUGCGCAGGCACCGCAGCCUCAUGCACCCGAAACAGACUGGCCAUCACCACAGGGGGCCCAAGCGCAGCCUGUUCCCCCCCGGUCGCAGCCCCUACCAUUGCUCGCAGUGCGGCAGAGACUUCAACCGCAUGGAGCACCUGAAGAUUCACCAGAGGAUCCACACGGGCGAGAGGCCAUAUGUGUGCACCGUCUGCAGCGCUCGCUUUCGCCACUCAUGGGCACUAAAGCGCCACUUCCGCAUCCACACAGGGGAGAUGCCGUACCAGUGUGGACAGUGCGGGAAAACCUUUAGGAACUGCGGGGGGCUGAAGUUCCAUCAGAGGUCACAUGCCAGGGGACAAGUGUGAAUGUUUAGGAAUUGUGCAAAAGUAGAAAAGCCUCUCUGUGAAAAAACACCAAUUACAGCCUCACCUCUAAUUUCUAAAACUGUUUGUGUCUCAAAAGUUUGUAUCAAGAAAUACAGUAAGUUUUACCAGAAAACCUGUUAUAAUAAAAAAUAAUGUUACAGUUAAAGUUUUAGUUUAGUGUUUUUCUUGUAAGACACAUUACUGUCAGGAAAUUGGUCACAUGGCUGGCCAUUUGUGUAUUAUAUAGCAUAUGCAGUCUUAUGCAAAAGUUUGUGCACCCCUGGUCUAACAUGUUUGGUUGAUUUUCUCAGUGAAAAUAAGUACGUAUCCUCUUCAGAGAACGCAUGUCUGCACAUUUCAAUGCACAAUUACUGUUUAUUCACUGAAUGUAACAUACUGGGGGAAAAAUAAAAUAGAACAUGUGCCCUGUGCAAAAGUAAAGGCACAUUUUUAUAUUUUAUGUUUUCCAGUGUGUUAAAAUCAGUAAUUAAAUAGAAAUUGUGCACUAGAAUUUUCAGAAAAAUACCAUAUGAAGGAUGUUCCCUGUAGAUAAUGUGUUUACUUAUUUUCACUUGAAAAUCAGCAAAACGUGAAAAUUUGAACAGGCAUACAACUGUAUAUUAAUAGGAACAAGACACAGUUUCAUACUGAAAAGUAUUCAAGAUUUCUUUUUACUUUAUUUCUAGUUAAGUCAUGUCUGGGGGAGGACUGCUGGACAAAGGGACCCUGACUUCUUUCCCUCCCAGUGACCGCACUCUCAGGGUUCAAUGGUACUGUUGCUAAUUCAAAUGUAUGCAAGUGCCUGGUAACAAGACUUUGACUCUGAACAUAAUGUUGACCUCUGUCCAGUGUUUAUAAUUGUCUUAUACCAGAUCUUAAUACAAACGUUUAAACUGAAA